AUGUAUGUUAGUGGUGCCGAGGGCCUAAGUCUAUGUCGCUAUGUUAGUGGUGCCGAGGGCCUAAGUCUAUGUCGCUAUGUUAGUGGUGCCGAGGGCCUAAGUCUAUGUCGCUAUGUUAGUGGUGCCGAGGGCCUAAGUCUAUGUCGCUAUGUUAGUGGUGCCGAGGGCCUAAGUCUAUGUCGCUAUGUUAGUGGUGCCGAGGGCCUAAGUCUAUGUCGCUAUGUUAGUGGUGCCGAGGGCCUAAGUCUAUGUCGCUAUGUUAGUGGUGCCCUGGGCCUAAGUCUAUGUCGCUAUGUUAGUGGUGCCCUGGGCCUAAGUCUAUGUCGCUAUGUUAGUGGUGCCGAGGGCCUAAGUCUAUGUCGCUAUGUUAGUGGUGCCGAGGGCCUAAGUCUAUGUCGCUAUGUUAGUGGUGCCGAGGGCCUAAGUCUAUGUCGCUAUGUUAGUGGUGCCGAGGGCCUAAGUCUAUGUCGCUAUGUUAGUGGUGCCGAGGGCCUAAGUCUAUGUCGCUAUGUUAGUGGUGCCGAGGGCCUAAGUCUAUGUCGCUAUGUUAGUGGUGCCGAGGGCCUAAGUCUAUGUCGCUAUGUUAGUGGUGCCGAGGGCCUAAGUCUAUGUCGCUAUGUUAGUGGUGCCGAGGGCCUAAGUCUAUGUCGCUAUGUUAGUGGUGCCGAGGGCCUAAGUCUAUGUCGCUAUGUUAGUGGUGCCGAGGGCCUAAGUCUAUGUCGCUAUGUUAGUGGUGCCGAGGGCCUAAGUCUAUGUCGCUAUGUUAGUGGUGCCGAGGGCCUAAGUCUAUGUCGCUAUGUUAGUGGUGCCGAGGGCCUAAGUCUAUGUCGCUAUGUUAGUGGUGCCCUGGGCCUAAGUCUAUGUCGCUAUGUUAGUGGUGCCGAGGGCCUAAGUCUAUGUCGCUAUGUUAGUGGUGCCGAGGGCCUAGGUCUAUGUCGCUAUGUUAGUGGUGCCGAGGGCCUAAGUCUAUGUCGCUAUGUUAGUGGUGCCGAGGGCCUAAGUCUAUGUCGCUAUGUUAGUGGUGCCGAGGGCCUAAGUCUAUGUCGCUAUGUUAGUGGUGCCGAGGGCCUAAGUCUAUGUCGCUAUGUUAGUGGUGCCGAGGGCCUAAGUCUAUGUCGCUAUGUUAGUGGUGCCGAGGGCCUAAGUCUAUGUCGCUAUGUUAGUGGUGCCGAGGGCCUAAGUCUAUGUCGCUAUGGAACAGAAACAAUAUGGCCAGACGGACAGUUAUCGGAAACUGGAUUUACACCUAGCUGUAUAAGUAUCCAAGACAUACCCUUCAGAAUUCGCAUCGCACCUGGUGUUGAGGAGAGGAAUGGAACUAUACCGAAUUCACCUGCCACUUUUACACACGUGGAAAUCAAAUUUGAACACAGUAUAUCCUUUAUGGAUGACAAUGCCGACCCAGACGUCUUUUUAUACGACAUCAAUUGGUAUAUAAAUGAUAACAAACUGACAAACUGUUCCUAUACGCUGGUCGAAUACGCUAACCUUUCAACAACGCAUUUGCUGGAGGCAUGCUGGAAAGAUAUGUACAAGCUAAGUUUUCUCGUUAGAUGCGAAGUUCGUCUUCGUGCUAUUAACGGGAGCGUGUUGGGCCAAUUCAUUAGCAGUGAGGUCUUCAAAGCUGGCUUUCAGACUGACCAGAACAACUACGUCGUAAGGGAAGGGUCCUUUAUCGAUGUCCUGAUCACACUUACAGUACCGCUCGGAUGUCUGUAUCCUCUAUCUGUAACAAAGUAAGUGAAAAGUCGGACUAAUUUUGCAGAAGUACAUUGUAAAGCACAAAUUCUCGUAAUGACGCCAAGUCAAACGGAUGUCAUAUGCUCCACGGGAGGUGUUACCAACGAACCAAUAGCUUUCGGUGAUACUAAUUGUGGUGUGAGAGUGUCUCACAACGAUUGGAAUAUGACCAAGACUCUCAGGGUUUAUGGCGUUCCAGACAGCCGAGUGAAUAUCAGAAGCCGUUCUUCAUUAAUACGUUUGGCGUUCGAAGACGAUGUGAUCUUUCACACGGCUUGGAAUAAAGCUUCGACUCCAGAUACGUCAGUUGUUGUUGAGGAUGCUGAUUCCGUUGUUUUGAGUAGCGAAUGUUACAGUAGAAAUGACCCUCACAUGAAAACUUUUGAUGGACGGUCAUACUUCCUACAGGAACACAAAUUUGAUAUGAAAACGUCAUCGGGACUGUGUGGGUAUUUUGACGGCAAUAGAGCAAAUGACUUCAGGACCAGAAACGGGACAACAACAGAUAAUAUCACUGCCUUCGCUCUCGACUGGAAGGUAAACGAGGAAGAUGGAGGAAGCCUGUUUGGUGAUGUUGAUUUGCGUGACUCAAACGUGUCGAUAGCUUGGUAUUGUAAAUGUAGAGCAACUCAAUUUAAAGAUUUCAAUGACACCAUUUAUUGCGGCAAUUCAGAGUCGGUACUAUGCUCGACUACAAAUACAGACAGCUUUUUUAGAACCUGUGACGAAUCUUCCAGAAGGAGGCGCUCAGCGUCCCACCAAAGGUAUCGCCGAGCUCUAGAUGAGCCACAAGAUGUGCCAUCGAAGUUCAAAAUAGUUUUCGCACCUGAUGCUAAUGAUGAACCUGAGCCCGCAAUUUGGAGGAAUGGAUGGAAUUUUACAUUGGCGGAGGAGGCAUGCACAACAUUUAUUCAAAAACAGACAUUUUUGCAAAAGUGCGAAGAGGUAUUAGACGCAACGGCCAACGAUAAUGCGGAUGGUAUUGAAUCCUGCAUCGACGAUAUCAAGCUUACUGGAGACACUCAGUUCAUGCAGUCAACUGUAAAUUCUUUGUCCAGAAGUUGUCGACUGACGGCUUUGAAGCUGGAAAAUCUCACUCAGACAUCAUCAAGCGACAGCUCAACAAACCAGACACUGCUGGAUGUAAUGUUGGAAUUAGAUUGUCCGAAUAACUGCUCUGGGAACGGAAUAUGUCAAAACGGUCAGUGUGCUUGUUUUGGCGAUUUUGAAGGUUACGAAUGUUCGGUGAGACGAUCACAGCCGCCUUCAGUAUCACCAUCGACUAACCCAGGAUUGUGUAAACGGGACAUAAAUGCUUGUAAUACAUUCCACAUCUCCGGAUCAAACUUUGCAGGCGAAAAUAUAACAUGCAAGGCCGCCCAUUUUACGAUCACAACGGAUGGCUACAAUAUGACUUUUGCGAACGACACGUUUCGUGCCGAUCCUCAAGAGGAUGAAUUUGGAUGCACGUGCACACUUACUGACGCGUUGAGGCAAAGUAAGCGUUCUACAGACGAUGAUUCUGCGAUGGCUGAGGGUUUUUUCAUCAGUGUGUCAAACGACGGAACCUCAUUCAGUGCUGAUAUUGUAGUUAUCAUCUAUGAUUCCUGGUGCCAAGAGUGUAACACAACGACUAUCUCCUGCUUCAAUUUCACAUCCUGUAUAACGACUACUACACAACCAACAACGACCACUACAGAACUAUCAACGACCACUACACAACCAACAACGACCACUACAGAACUAUCAACGACCACUACACAACCAACAACGACCACUACAGAACUAUCAACGACCACUACACAACCAACAACGUCCACUACACAACCAACAACGACCACUACUGAACCAACAACGACCACUACAGAACCAGCAACCACUACACAACCAACAACGACCACUACAGAACCAACAACGACCACUACAGAACCAACGACGACCACUACAGAACCAACGACGACCACUACAGAACCAACAACGACCACUACACAACCAACAACGACCACUACUGAACCAACAACGACCACUACAGAAACAACAACCACUACAGAACCAACAACGACCACUACAGAACCAACGACGACCACUACAGAACCAACGACGACCACUACAGAACCAACAACCACUACAGAACCAACAACGACCACUACAGAACCAACGACGACCACUACAGAACCAACAACGACCACUACAGAACCAACGACGACCACUACAGAACCAACAACGACCACUACUGAACCAACAACGACCACUACUGAACCAACAACGACCACAAGGGAACCAUAUAUAGAAUCAAUGACCAUCAAUGUUACUCCAGGGAUAGAGGAAAAAUUAGCAAAAUUGCCAGAUACAGACACUUCCAGCGAUUUCAAGCUUUUCCAAAUAAGGUUUCAGUGUAAUGUUGCGUUUCUCGAUAAAAGUUUGGAUCCCGGACAAUUUGUAUAUGACGUGACAUGGUAUAUAGACGACGCCAUGGUACCUUACAACGCAAGUACCAACCUCAUUUAUACAGAAUUAGCAACAAUAGGAAGUCUACAAGAAGAACACUGGCGAGGAUUGCACACUUUAAGUUUUCAGGUAAAGUGUGGAAUCGCACUUCGGUACGCAGUCAAUGCUAAUCCAGGGCCAGUCACGUUAAGCCAGUCGUUUCACGCAGGAAUUCAGGAGAGUCUUGCUGAACUUCUUGCCAUUUUUCAAGCUGUUACUCAUCAACAUUUCUUUGGUCCAAAAACCCCUUUAUAA